GGCUGCACAUCCACUUUGAUAACUUCUGAAUGAGCCGCUUGCGUAGAGACUUUUUCCCCGAUUUUUGUUGUCCUUAUUUUAAUUUGACGUUGGGAUAAAGUUAGUUUUUCUUUAUCAUUUAAAGACUCGUGAUGGCUGUCCUAUCACUAGCGUUGCUACUUGUAGGAUUUGUAUUGACUUCAGCUGACAAGGCUGGUGAAGUAGAUAGAGAGGACCAACUGAGGAGCCGGCUGAAGGAAUACGGCCUCGUCACUCCCUUCAGCACUGACUGUCAUGGACACUACCUGUCACACCUGCUCUCUGCCACUCACAAGCAGCGCGUCAAGAGGGAGGUCUUUUCUUCUGGUGAAGCCGAACAAAAACUUUUCUUCAACAUCUCCGCCUUCGGGAAGGAGUUCCACCUUCGUCUGCGCCCGAACAACAGGCUGGUGGCGCCGGGCGCGAUGGUGGAGUGGCACGAUGAGAUCCGAGACUUCGGGAACGUCAGCCAGAGUGCCGGUGUCGAUGUCGAUGCAGGCGUCAACCUGACUGAAGCCACUGGCGGGCCGGAGAGGAUACUGCACCGUGAGCUGCUAAAGACAGACUGCACCUUCAUCGGUGACAUCACAGACGUGCCCGGAGCCUCGGUUGCCAUUAACAACUGUGACGGACUGGCUGGGAUGAUCCGCACCGACUCAGACGAGUACUUCAUCGAGCCGCUGGAAAGAGGCACUCAGGAGCUGGAGGACCAGGGCCGGGUCCAUGUCGUUUACCGCAGGUCGGCUCUGUUGCAGGCCCCCUCCUCCGACAUCUCUGAGGACUACCAGCUACAUGAACCGGAGCUGAAUGUACCCGGGGUUCUGCACUCUGUAGCCCGGCAGGUCAACGAGACUGUCCGCCGCCGUCGCGAUGCCGGGGAGGACGACUACAACAUUGAAAUCCUGCUGGGAGUUGAUGACUCAGUGGUUCGGUUUCACGGCAAAGAGCACGUGCAGAAUUACCUCCUCACUCUCAUGAAUAUCGUGAAUGAGAUUUACCACGACGAGUCACUGGGAGUCCACAUUAACGUGGUCCUGGUGAGGAUGAUCAUGCUGGGGUACGCCAAGUCAAUCAGCCUCAUUGAAAGAGGUAACCCAUCACGGAGCCUGGAGAACGUGUGCCGCUGGGCCUUUGUGCAGCAGAAAGGCGACCUUGAUCACGCCGAACACCACGACCACGCAAUUUUCCUCACUCGCCAAGGUUUCGGCCCCACCGGGAUGCAGGGUUAUGCUCCAGUCACAGGAAUGUGCCACCCAGUCCGAAGCUGCACCCUCAACCAUGAAGACGGCUUCUCCUCAGCCUUCGUUGUGGCUCACGAGACUGGACAUGUGUUGGGCAUGGAGCACGAUGGCCAAGGCAACCGCUGCGGGGAUGAAACGGCGAUGGGAAGCGUAAUGGCUCCUCUGGUGCAGGCGGCCUUCCAUCGAUACCACUGGUCCAUGUGCAGCGGACAGGAGCUGAAGAGAUACAUCCACACGUACGACUGUCUCUUGGAUGACCCCUUCAAACACGACUGGCCGCAACUUCCUGAACUACCUGGCAUCAACUACUCGAUGGAUGAGCAGUGUCGAUUUGACUUUGGAGUGGGCUAUAAGAUCUGCACCUCAUUUCGUACAUUUGAUCCAUGUAAACAGCUGUGGUGCAGUCACCCGGACAACCCGUACUUCUGCAAAACCAAGAAGGGGCCGCCUCUCGACGGGACUGAGUGUGCUCCUGGAAAAUGGUGCUACAAAGGUCACUGCAUGUGGAAAAACCCUAAUCAGGUCAAACAAGAUGGCGCCUGGGGCUCCUGGAGCAAAUAUGGCUCUUGCUCACGCUCCUGUGGAACUGGAGUUCGCUUCCGGACACGUCAGUGCAACAACCCGGCGCCCUCCAACGGUGGCCAGGACUGCCCAGGAGUGAACUACGAGUAUCAGCUCUGCAACACUGACGACUGCCCCAAGCACUUCGAAGAUUUCCGAGCUCAGCAGUGCCAGCUCCGCAACUCCCACUUCGAGUUCCAAAAUGCCAAACACCAUUGGCUGCCCUACGAGCAUCCCGACACCAACAAGAGAUGCCACUUAUACUGCACGUCAAAGGAGACCGGAGACGUGGCGUACCUGAAGCAGCUGGUGCAUGAUGGGACACGAUGCUCCUACAAAGAUGCCUACAGUAUCUGCGUGCGUGGAGAAUGUGUGAAAGUCGGCUGUGACAGAGAGAUUGGCUCCAUCAAAGUGGAGGACAAAUGUGGCGUUUGUGGUGGGGACAACUCCCACUGUCGCACCGUUAAAGGAACCUUCACCCGGACACCAAAGAAACCUGGGAAGACCAGAGGAGCCUUCUCUUUGCCCAAGGGAGCCCGAAAUGUGUUUUUAAAUGAAACGGAAGACUCUAGAAAUGUCCUCGGUUACCUUAAGAUGUUUCUCAUUCCUCCUGGAGCUAGACAUGUGAUCAUCCAAGAACAUGAGGCCUCCCCUCAAAUUCUUGCAAUCAAGAACCAGGCAACGGGGCAUUACAUUCUCAACGGAAAAGGAGAGGAGGUCAAGUCCAGAAGUUUCAUUGACUUGGGAGUGGAGUGGCACUACAUCAUUGAGGACGACGUGGAGACGCUGCACACUGACGGACCUCUGCACGACCCCGUAGUGGUUCUGAUUAUACCCAAAGAUAAUGAAACCCGGUCUACUUUAAUGUACAAGUACAUCAUUCAUGAAGAUUCGGUGCCCGUCAACAACAACAAUGUGAUCCAGGAGGAGACGUACGAGUGGGCUCUCAAGAGCUGGUCUCCGUGUUCCAAGCCUUGUGCUGGAGGGUUUCAGUACACCAAGUAUGGAUGUCGAAAGAAAGGAGACACCAAGAUGGUCCAUCGGGGCUACUGCGACGCCAGCAAGAAGCCAAAACCAAUCCGCAGAAUGUGUAACCUUCAGGACUGCACACAGCCUCAAUGGAUCUCAGAGGAAUGGGAGCAUUGUACCAAAACCUGCGGCAGCCUGGGCUUUCAGAUCCGGACCGUUCGCUGUGUGCAGUUCCUCCACGAGGGCACCAACCGCUCCGUCCACAGCAAGUACUGCAGCGGCGAUAAGCCAGAGAGCCGGAGGCCCUGUAACAGAGUCUCAUGUCCUGCACAGUGGAGGACCGGAGCCUGGUCAGAGUGCUCUGUUACCUGUGGAGAGGGGAUGGAGAGGCGUCUGGCCACCUGUCGGAUCGGAGAUCAAUGUAACGGAGAAAAACCUGAAGCUGUUCGACCGUGCAGACCAGGAUCCUGCCACGAUGAGCCAUGUAAUGGAGACAAAUCCAUCUUCUGUCAAAUGGAAGUCCUAGCGCGAUACUGCUCUAUUCCAGGCUACAACAAGCUGUGCUGCGACUCCUGCAGCAAGCGCAGUGGAGCUCUGUCUCUGUUCUCGGAGGCGGCUGAGAUGGAGGAGCAUGUCCGCUUCGGAUCAGCCUCCCAGCUGCUCGAGACAUUAACGGCGUCUGCGGCAGCCAACGGCACUCGUCAUGGUAAACAAGGCUCAGGCAAAGGAACCGCCACAUCAGGCAAUGCUGCGAAACACACCACCACCCCGGCCCCGCUUAAGAAAACCCAGUCGAAGAUCGCUACCGCACCUCGACGGGUCCCGCGACACAUGGGUCUCACUGGCAGGAAGCUGCCCGCUAUGGCGCCAUCUCCCCUUGCUGAUUCCACAGAGCGUCAAAGGUCGAGCACCUUGACAGAUAGCGGGGGACCCACAGUGUAUUCUGAAGUGGAGAGAUGAAAGCGACGCCCCUCUUGAUAAUGUACUGCAGAUAAUCCAGCGUCAUCCUGAGUCUUCUCACGGCAAAAACACCACAGAGAUAGAAACAGAGAGAAAAAAAGAAAAGUGCUGGUUCACUUUGUUGUUAAGAAUUUCCUUCUCCUUUGUCCCGCAUAUUGACUUUUAAUAUGACAUCUUCCAGGGAGCUCCCAGAGUAUAUUAAUACCUGAACUGCUGUGUCGCUUUGCUUUCAUACAUGCCAAAAAAUACAAUAAAUUCAAGGUAAAGCUAGUACAUGGUACAUUUAAACACAGCGUCGGUAGUUCAUAGUGAAUACAUUCAGGGAUACAAAAUAGCCAAAGGACAUAUCAAUAUUCAAAAGAUGCAUCUAAUUUACUCCAAACUUUAAACAGUAUAUAUUACAAAGAAAUGGUUGCUUAUUACCAACCAAACCUUUUUAACCCAACAAGUCUUGAAGCUUUAUAUAAAGUCACCUGCAGAGACAGGUGUAGGAAGGUGUCUGUAUUUACCCUCUGAUUAGUCUUUUUUCUGGUCUUGUCACUUAAUGAAUCAGGCCCCAUGUGUCUGCAGAGCCUUGCAGAAGGCCCUGCAGCAAAUCCUCAGCAGACAACAAGGAAGAAAAUGUCACCAGGUGCAGUCAUUAGCGCUGAUUCAAUUUGUGAAAAUGUAUGCACACUGCAGCAGUGGAGCUCAGAACAGGAAGUGGUGCAGAAAUGCAUUUUGUACUUGUAAAACAGAACAGUUAAAGUAUAAAUUGUUAAGCGUUGUUCUCUAGGUGAAUCAGAGAUGCUUUGCAUUUGAUUAGCAUUGCAUAACGGCAUGUUGCGACUAAUUAAACGGCGCCAUGUCAAAUCUCUGGACUGUCAGCUGGGUGAGAGGUUUAAUUUGUUAUCUAUUUGAAGAGGAAGAUGAUCGACAAAAGGUUUAGAAGAUCUAAAAUGGAUAAUCUGAUGCAUCUGAAAAUCCCCUUUUUACUUGAACGUUACAAACUGCCAUUUUCUUGCCAACAAAUGUAAGCGUGAAGCUUGACUUAUAGAGAAUUCACCUGUCCCAGUACAUGAGGAGUCACUGCAUAUACAAAAUCACCCGACUUUAUAUAUGGCCACAAAUGGAAAGUGGCCAGACCAGUGAGAAUGGUUUUAGUUGUAUAGAUGUUUUAAUAUAUCCAGCAAUGUCUGUUAAAUGACGCUCUACAGUUUCUAUGGAAAUGGGUAUUUAUAAAGGUUCCUGUAAAUACUGUACAUGAAAAUAUCAGUAUUAUUUUAAGAAGCUGAGGAUACUUUCAAAAACAAUUUUAACUAACUAUAAUAACAUAUUGUAUGUUACAUGGACAUAAACAACUAUUUCACUCUAAAUGCUGGUGCAAAGUUCUCUGGGGAGUGUUUUAAAAGGAAUAGUUCAACAUUUUGAGAAAUAUACUUGUUUGCUUUUAUGAAGCUUCAGGUGGUAGACGCUUAGCUUAGCAUAAAGACUGGGAGCAGGGGGAAACAGCUAGCCUGACUCCGACACCCCUAAAGCUCCCUGAUUAACAUGUUAUCUCUUUUGUUUAAUUCAAACAAACCAAAGUGUAGAAAACAACACUAAAAGAUUGUUACCUUUGAGCCCGCUAGCUGUUUCCUCCUGUUUCUAGCCAUUUUGCUAAGCUAAGCUAACCGUCUCCUGGCUGUUUGUUCAUGUUUACCGUGCAGACAUCUACUCUAACUUUUGAAAAAAAAAGCAAGUAAUCACAUUUCGCAAAAUGUCAAACUAUUCCUUCCAUCCCAGCCUUUACCUUUUUUAUAAAUCAGAAGUUUGUAUGGUGCCAUAGACUUUGUCCACUCUUUGCAUUGCCCACCUUGUGAAAGUUGAAGUUAGGUUAAAAAAGGGAAUUAAGUAGGAAACAUAUUAAACAAGUGUUCUCAAUACUGUAUGUUUUACUGCCGGCUCUUGUUCAGCUUGAACAGACUAAAUAUGGAAGUGAAAAUUUCACCAUGAAAAGAAAUUUCUACUUUGACGUGACCAUGAAAAACGCAUCUUAUGUGAAACACUUAUCUUGAAAAUGCUCUUUAGUGUUGGAUUUGUUUUGGAUUAUAUUCUAAAGUGAUUUAUGCCGUUGAAUUUCAACUCACUUAAAGCUGCAUUAAGCGUAUUUUGACCACUAGGGGGCAGAAAGACUCCCACACAAACUCACAGUUGCAUAUGUACACAUCCAGCAGAGAGAUAGCCCAUUGAAUCACGUUUGUGUCCACCUGAUGAAUGUAAAUCCAACAUUCACUGCUUGUAGCUCUGUUUUGGUCUCUACCAACUCCCAAGGGAAAUGUAUGUCUCUUUAGCUUUUAGAUGUUCCACUUUAUUUCAGGGCUCUGCUGUUUGGUGCUAGCAUACACUCAUCUUUUUUAUUUUAUCUGGGGGAGUUGACGAGAGCCAAACCAACGUGCUAUAAGCUGUGUGGUGCUGCAGGUGUUCAUUCUCAGGUGGUUCAGUGCUUUACACACAUUACAAAAAAAGUAAUUUAAUCCAAAAAAAUUAACAUCAAAAAUCUCGCUUAAUGGAGCUUUAAGCUCAUCACACCCAUUCAGUCUAAACAAGGUUGUAUUGCACGUUUGUGUUUGCGGAAGCCUCAUCGUAAGCACAAGAAGCUAAAAGAGUUUUACUCUAUGUGGAACAUGCCCCCCGCCAACUUAUUUUCAAAAUGGCUUUUUUUUAUGGUGGAAAAAGGUUCAGGAGAGAGAAAGCUAUUUAUUUAAAAAAUAAAAAAAUAAAAAAAAGGAUUUCCUCACAACCACCAUGCAUCUGACUGCAAUAGCAAAGACACAGUUUUGUGUUUUCAGCAAAGAAAAACUAUUCACACUCACUCCUGUGUGCCAAUGUAUAGUACAUGUAUAUAGCAUUGAGUACAUAAAUAUUUAUUGAAAGGGCUCUGCUUUGUUUUUACAGUAUGUGCAGUGCCAGCUGGUCAAUAAGCUGCAGCAGAUAAACCAUUGAAUCACAUUUCAUGUCAAUUUUUCAUCCGCAUUUUAAAUGGAUUUCUAAUUGUUGGUUUUUUUAAACAUGAUAGACUAGAAAUGACAUUGUUUUUUGCAAACAAUUAGAUGUAAAUAUACAUGCUCAGUUUUGAGAUGUUUUACUUGUUGUCAGAAAGCUGUCUUUUCACAGCUGUUUUGUUGAAGUUGUUAACAGAGCUGUUACAUCACAGCAACAUGUACUGACCAGACAAAUGCUUUAUUUUAACCAAUAAAACAUUAAUAGUGUAGUACCAGUAACCAGUUGUUUUUGUAGUUGUCAGUAUUUUCUAACCAUUUGACAUUUUCCUCCCUUGUUCUUUUCACAUCCUGUACUUGCUGCCUAUACAACAUUGCUGCUAAUGUUAAACAGAGCUUGUAAUGGUAAAUAGGGUAGUUGUAGAUGUUACAUUGACAAUCCCUGAGCCUCAGACAGAUAUUACUGCAUAGGAUUCUCCAUGUACUGUAUCCAUUCCCCCUGUGCUGUCCGUGCAUUGAAGUAUUAGCCUACGAUUGUCAUGACUGUCAGUCACUCUCUGCUCUAUUCGCUUUUCUAUGUAUUUGUGUAGAUUGAAGUGUACACUACUGAUGCUGUUUGUUGUAAUGGGGAGCACAUAGCAAUAAAAAAAAGAUUAACUACUCUGA